GCCGUGACGCAUGCGCGGAGGCCGCGUGGUGUGGCGGCCCCUGGCGGGUUCGCGGCAGCAGCGAAGUGCAGGACUCACCGGUGGGAUCUCAUGGCUGCCUCUCCUGCGCUCUGGGGCCCCUUGGCCCAUGUUAGCAGAGCACUCGGCAUGUGUGCUUUCAGCACCACCGGCAGCCUCAGUGCAAUCCAGAAGCUGACACGGGUACGUGUAGUGGACAACAGUGCCUUGGGCAACACCCCAUACCACCGGCCUCCUCGGUGCAUCCAUGUCUACAACAAGAACGGGGUGGGCAAGGUGGGUGACAGGAUCCUGCUGGCCAUCAAGGGGCAGAAGAAGAAGGCCCUCAUCGUGGGGCACCGCAUGCCUGGACCCCGGAUGAGCCCCAGGUUCGACUCCAACAACGUGGUCCUCAUCGAGGACAAUGGCAACCCUGUGGGGACUCGGAUUAAAGUGCCUGUGCCCACGAGCCUGCGCCAGAAGGAGGGCGAGUACUCCAAGGUGCUGGCCAUUGCUCAGAACUUCGUGUGAAUGGGCAGUUCCCAGCCUGCACUUGGCUGUGUGGAGAUAGUGCCCCUCCAGGGUGGGGGACGGUGUCCUCUGAGGGAAUAAAUAUUGUCCUGCAUGGUUGCUUCCUGUGUGUCUGAGUUGGGACCAGGAGGCUGACCAUACCUGGCUCCAAGGGAUGACAGCCAGCACCUGCUUUUCUUGUUGGGGCCUGACACGUGAGAUCACCCAGGCUUGGCAGGCUUCGGAAACUGGGUGCAAAUCGUUGUCUGUAAACGUCAGAGUCUGCCACUUUCUUACCCAAAGAGUUUCACUUUAUUCGCUCAUCUGUAGCAUCGUUCCUGACUUAAGAGAGCUCAAGGCAUGGUAUCGUGGUUAUAAAGAUCAGAGGAGCUCUGUGUAGUGAUGGAUGUCUGUAAUCUCAGCACUCAGGAGGCUGAGGCAGGAGGACUGCUGAGUUCGAGGCCAGCCUAGGCAAUUGAGCAAUUUAGUGGGACUGUGUCUCCAAACCAAAAGCAAUGACUUGGCCGUGUCCUGUGGGGUGCAGAAGCACCCAGACAGCACCCUGCGCCGUGGCCAGGCUGCGUGGCUUUAGAUGGGUCCUGCUUUGCGGGUGACAGUUUGUCCUCUGUUUAUUUGUUGGUCUCCUUGGGGAAGCAAGAUGCCAGGUGCUGUGUUGGUU